AUGGCCACAUCGCCACCUCCAGAUUUUCGUAGUUUACCGUUCUUCGCCACGACGAUCGCAAGCGCCAAAUACUCUCUCACUUCCCUGUUAAAGGGUAGACCCUAUCGACAGGCCAUCGCAAACGCCACCCGCUCUUUCUCCAGCGGAAGUCCUCUCUGGGGACAGCUGGACGCUAAACGUAUCAUUGUCACUGGUGGUUCUCAGGGCAUUGGCGAGAGCGUCGUCCGCGCCUAUGCUGCCGAGGGUGCUACCGUCGUCUCCAUGGACGUCAAAGACGCAGUAGGCAUCAAGGUCGCCGAAGAGUCCACCGCUGCUGGGCCAGGCACGGUCACGUACAAGACGCUGGACAUUACCAGCAAGAGCGCAGUCACUUCUGCCUUUGCUGCCGCAGCAGAGGAACUUGGGGGCCUUGAUGUUCUUGUCCAUGUCGCCGGCAUCCACAAGCAUGCUCCUUCCGACGAUUCGCCCGAGGACUUUAUUGAGCUGAUCACCAAGAUCAAUAUCUGGGGAACCCUCUUCACCAACGCGGCGGCCUACCAACUCAUGAAGAAGGGUGGCCAGGGCGGCGCUAUCAUCAACUUCGGCUCUGAGGCCGGCCUUACAUCGGAAGUGUCGAAUGCAUACUAUGGCAUGACCAAAGGCGCUGUACACACCUGGACACGUAGUGUGGCCAGGGAAUGGAGGCCCGCUGGCGUGGGAGUCAAUGCCGUUUUGCCGUAUGUAGCCACGCCCAUGUACUACGGCUUUCGCGAUGCGUUGAGCCCGGAGCAAUUGAAAGAGCACAUGAAAUUGCUCAAGGAGCAGUUUCCGUUGGGUGGAAACUUGGGCGACCCGGCAAAGGACUUGGUUCCUGUUAUGGUCUUCUUGGCUAGCGAUGCAUCCCAUUGGAUGACUGGGCAACUGUUCCCCGUUGAUGGUGGUUUUAUUGCUCUCCGCUAG